UCCCAUUGUAUUGUAUUGUCUGUUGGACGGUAACGCCGAGAAAAGGUUGUUGUUUGGCGCCUUUACGGGGCCGGUUAGAUAUUGUAAAUUAUUAGGCAUUUAUUUAAAGGCGAACAAAAGUUCGCUAUUAGUAUAAAAUGGGUGACAAAGGCGAUGGAGAAACGUUCGAUGACGCGGUUGAAGAGAGAGUUAUAAACGAAGAAUAUAAAAUAUGGAAAAAGAAUACACCUUUCUUAUACGACCUGGUGAUGACCCAUGCUCUGGAAUGGCCCUCGCUUACUGCUCAAUGGCUCCCAGACGUCACCAGGCCAGAAGGAAAAGACUAUUCAGUACACAGAUUGAUUCUGGGCACACAUACAUCAGAUGAGCAGAAUCAUCUGCUAAUUGCUAGCGUUCAGCUUCCAAAUGAAGAUGCACAAUUUGAUGCAAGUCAUUAUGAUAAUGACAAAGGAGAAUUUGGUGGUUUCGGUUCUGUGUCGGGUAAAAUAGACAUAGAGAUCAAAAUCAACCAUGAAGGUGAGGUAAACAGGGCUCGCUACAUGCCUCAGAACCCCUGUGUCAUUGCGACUAAGACACCAUCCUCUGAUGUCCUUGUGUUUGACUACACAAAGCAUCCUUCAAAGCCAGAGCCUUCAGGAGAGUGUCAUCCUGACCUCAGAUUGCGAGGACACCAAAAAGAAGGCUAUGGUUUAUCAUGGAACCCUAAUCUGAAUGGAUAUCUACUGUCUGCAAGCGAUGACCACACAAUUUGUCUGUGGGACAUCAACGCGACUCCCAAAGAGGGCCGUGUUAUUGAGGCCAAGUCUGUGUUCACGGGGCACACAGCUGUAGUCGAGGAUGUCGCCUGGCACCUGCUGCAUGAGUCACUGUUUGGUUCUGUGGCUGAUGAUCAGAAACUAAUGAUCUGGGAUACCAGAUGUAACAACACGUCGAAGCCGUCGCACACUGUGGACGCUCACACGGCUGAAGUGAACUGCCUCAGCUUCAACCCUUACUCCGAGUUCAUAUUGGCCACAGGCAGCGCUGACAAAACGGUGGCGCUGUGGGACUUACGCAAUUUGAAACUGAAGCUGCAUUCGUUCGAGUCUCAUAAGGACGAGAUCUUCCAAGUACAGUGGUCACCGCACAACGAGACCAUACUUGCCAGCAGCGGCACUGACAGAAGAUUGCACGUGUGGGACUUGUCAAAGAUAGGUGAGGAGCAGACGGCGGAGGAUGCUGAAGAUGGCCCUCCAGAACUGCUCUUCAUCCAUGGAGGACACACCGCUAAGAUAUCAGACUUCUCCUGGAAUCCUAACGAGCCCUGGGUUAUUUGCUCCGUCUCAGAGGACAAUAUUAUGCAGGUGUGGCAAAUGGCGGAGAACAUUUACAACGAUGAGGAACCAGAAACGCCCGCCUCUGAACUGGAGUCGGGCGUCAAUGUGAACCACGGCUGAGCACAAACAUACACCAUUUCAUACACAACCUCAUACACAGCUCAUACACGACCACGACAUAGACUGGAGACCAUGUCUGUACUUAAUAUUGUCAGACAUAGUUUUUAAACACUUGGUCCUAAUCUUGGUUAAUAUUUUUUUAUUAUAGUUGAAAUAAUUGCUGUUUUCUGAAACUGAAUAAUUUGACAUCUUUAAUUAAAUAAAUAUUUUAAGGUAAUUUAUGAAGUCAAUGUAACAUCAAAAAUCCUAUAAAAGCGUAGUUUUUAUCUCAUUUAUUACAAUCAAGUUCAUAAGUUCUGGAUUGUCAAACUUUAUUGUUGUUAAUAAUAACUUGGAUUUAAUUUAAAUAUAAUACAUAAAAACUAAAAUAUGUCUUUAAAAGGUGUCGUUUUAGGCAAGGUUCUGAAGAUACUGGCAGCGUACCCCCUUUGAAUGGCUAGACUUCUUUGUCCGAGGUAUCUGCCAGCUCUU